CAGUCUGAUAGGGAUCAUACUAGCAGUGUGUCAUUAACUGUGCGACCAAAGAGCGGAACGGCCGUGGACUAGUGAACUGUUCCUCGAGAAGGCAGGCUUUCACUGUUGGAGGAUCGCAUACUCCCAGCAUAUGUAAAAAAAAAGUGAACUCACCACCAAUGGAUUGUGACUACACUGAACUGGAAGGCACAAUCUGAAUAUGGAAUUGUUUUGAUAUAUUUCCGAACGUGUGUAGAUGUUGAGCCUGUGCCAGUCUAAACAUUAAUAUGUUGGCAAUGAUGAUGGAAGAUUAGUUCUUCUCAAACAGCGAUACAGCGUGGAAUAGAAAUGCAAUCUUAGUGAAAAUCCUAAAUUGCAACCCAGUGAAAUUCAGUGAUAGUGUGAUUUACAUCAGUGGAUUAGAACAUCACGUUUCGUCUAGAAAAAUUAACGAAAGUGAAUCACGCUCAAAGCACAACUGAAAGCUGAACAAACCAACUUAAACUCCAGGGGUGCCUACGAUGCUUUCGGAGGUGGACGAGCUGCCCUCGAUCCAGCUAGGGGACUACGUGCUACGGUUCGAACUAGAGGAUUUGACACCGGCCGUGAAGGAGGUGGCCAAAAAUGAACUGCGUGAGACACCGGAAAUUAAGGCCAAAGCUGUUGAAGAGCUGAGGGAAUUGCUGAGAGGUCAAGAUGAGCUGGUGGUUCCACUGGACAACGAUGAUUGGAUGGUGCGAUUCUUGCGACCCUGCAAAUUCUACCCACAGAGCGCCUUCGAGCUGAUCCAACGAUACUACCAGUUCAAGGUCAAGCAUUUCGACAUGUACAACGACCUGAGCCCCUCCCGCGAGGCGAACAUCUUCAACCAAAACAUCCUGGCGGUGUUCCCCAACCGGGAUCAACUCGGACGCCGAAUUCUGCUGCUCGAGCUGGGCAAAACGUGGAAGCACAAGGAAGUCUCGCUGGAUGAGGUUUUCAAGGGAUGCGUACUGUUCCUAGAGGCGGCAAUGCUCGAACCGGAGACGCAGGUUAACGGUGCUGUGGUAAUUUUCGACAUGGACGGACUAUCGAUGCAACAAGCGUGGCAAUUCACACCCCCGUUUGCGAAGCGCAUUGUUGAUUGGCUGCAAGACGCCGUCCCGCUGCGGGUCAAGGGUAUCCACAUUAUCAACCAACCAAAGAUAUUCAACGUGGUGUUCGCUCUGUUUAAACCAAUCCUGCGGGAGAAACUACGCAAUCGAAUCGUGUUCCACGGCACCGAUCGAGAGUCACUCUACAAGCACAUCUCGAAGGAGUGUCUUCCUCCCUGCUACGGCGGCACCGUGGAUGCACCCCGUGUCCAGGGUGAACAGUGGUACGAACUGCUGCUGAAAUGUGAUAACGAGUACACCGCCAUCAACAAGUACGGCUAUCUGAAGCAGUUGGACGAACUGAGGCUCAAGAAGAGCAAGAAAAAGUGAACUUGGGAAUUAGGACGGCGGAAACUGGCAUGUGAUGAACAGGGCUUAAGUUAUUGAUUUUAGUUACACACAUUGAUUGUUCAAUCAUGUGAGAGAGGAAUUAGGUUCCGUAUUCCAUAGCGAUGGGUUUCUCUAGGGGAUUCUCUUCGAAUUUAGCCAUAACAAGUAAACAACAUUUACUUCCAACGUUGAGGAUGUGUGGGAAAUGAAAUUAUAUUUCUGGAUAGCAUCAGGGAAAGUAGAUAUUACUGGGGAACGAUUUGAGAUACAAUCUGCUGUGAAUAAUAACUAUGAUUAUUGGGUUUAAGUUGUAAAUAUAUUUCAAAUUAGUUGUUAGAAAAUAUAAUGGUUGAAUAAAAGUUGUACAUUCAGUGAAAAUGUAUUGUAGGCUCGUGCUUCAAA